AUGACACCAUUCCUCUCCAACCUCCUCCUCUUCUCCCCCCUCCUCGCCAUCGCCGCACUAAUCCUCUACGUCCUCGACCGCGCCGAGAACCUCCGCCGCGGCGCCGGUCUCAUCCCCGACCCCGCGCCAGCCCCACUCCCCACCCCCGAAGAAGCAGAAACAGAAGCAGAAAAAGAAGCAGCAGCAGAAGAAGAAGAAGAAGAAGAAGAAGAAGAGGGUCCCCCCGAACUCAUCGACCCCAGCGAUACCGCCUCAAACCACUCCUCCAACCCGGACCUCCAAACCCCACCCCAUGGCCACCUCUACCCAGACGAAGACGCCCCAGAGCUCCAAGGCGCGCCCACAGACCCCGUCUUCCCCAACCCCGCCUUCGCCCCCGCCCCCCGCACCCGCACCGUCGGCACCAAGAAGGCGCGCUCCCUCGCCUCGCGCGACCAGCGCCGCGCAUACCACGAGUUCCUGCGGUCGCAGCAGGAGGAGCGUGCGCGCGCUGCCGCAGCCACCGCGGCCGACGACGAGGAGCGCGUGUUUGCCGAGAAGCGGCGGCGCGCGCUGGUGGAGGAGGAGAUUGACGAGCGGGUCAAGAUGCAGCGGGCGCAGCGGGCCACGGAGGAGCGAGCUGCGGCGGAGAGGUACCGGCGCGAUGUGGAGAGGCUGAAGGGGUUUGUUGCCGGGGAUGGGGAGGGGGAGGGGAGGGCGUGGGAGUUGGCGGCGCUGGCGGGGAAGGUGGGGAGGAGUGUGGAGUGGGUGAGGGGGGUGUUGAGGGCGGAGGGGUUGGUGGGGAUGAGGGGGGCGUGUGGGGGAUGUUGA